UAAUAUUUAAAAGAGCCACAGAUAACUUUAACUGUUCUUCCGUGUUGUCAUUAACCUUUAAUUUAACCCAAGAGACAGGAAUUUUCCAAGAAGAAAUGAAGUCGUUGUUCGAAAGUCGUGUUUGGUUUGUCUGUCCUCUUUCUUUUUAACUAGCUAACUUGCUUCAUAUUUUAAAAAAAGUUGAAACUCGGAUCGGAUCCUAGUUUAUAAUUAGAUCGUCCAGAUCGAAUCGGAUUUUUGCAAAGUAGGAACGAACGACCACCAUUAUUUGUUAUUCUCGUUCUCGUACUUGUGUGGUUAAGGUUUUUUUAAGUUCGGUUCGGUGUGCGAAUAAGUUUUCGCACAUAUAUUUAGUGUAAAAUCAGGUUAUCUAAAUGUCCCGGUAGAAGAAAAAGACAGGACAAAGUUUCGUCUUCUUCCGGGCCGUGCGAAUAAAAACCAGUUGUGACGAAGACUAAAAGGAGGAAAUUGUCAAUCAAUCAUCACCUAUUUUAAAUUUGGACGUGGCGACGAAAAGGACGUCGCAAUGUCGUCUUCAUACAGAACGAAUUUUGGUCCAGAUUCAGUCCAAGAAUUGACCGACAAUAUAAAUCUAACACAUGAAGAUUUCUUACGGGAAGAUGACCUCCAAAAGAAAGCCGAUGCGCUGCGAUAUAUGCAAUCUUACGCCAUGCAGUUCCUCUACCUUGUCCCGCACGAGAAAAAGUUCAUAUUUCCAGAAACUGAACGUGUCUUGCAUCAAAGUGCCAUGAAUAUAAAUGACUUUGACCCACGUGAGGCGUCCGUGGCUUUCGAAUUUUUGGGAAAAUACGCUCAAAACAUUUUAGACCAACCGUGGCGAAAGGAUUUUCAUACGAUAAAGUUAACGUCCGGAUUUUACGUCCACAAUAUAAACGCGCAAUUAAGUAACGCCCACGAAAUCCUAGUCGCGAUGGGGUACGUGCACGUGGACGAAGUGACGCUUAAAGUAGUGCCAAAAUUGGAUGAGAAAAAGAUCAAGAAUGCAUCCCGUGAUAUGAUCGUGGCCAGUCAGGAGUGCCUCAUCUUGUCCCAAAUUUGGCAACGCGUCGCGGACCAAGAACCCGACUACCCACUCACGACGGGAGAAGUGUUUGAAUUCCGGCGGAAAUAUUUAGGCGACACGGACACGAUUUGCAAAACGAUGUUGAUGGACAUUCGGCGUCGAAAUUUUGAGCAUAAAAUGCAUCGCAGCAGUGGCAAGAAUUUCGUCCCCGUGGAUAAACUGAUCGAUUACGAGGAGCGGAUGGACAUCGAUGGUGGGAGUGGAGUUGACGAGGGCGAUUUGGUCGAGAAAGUGAUGCACAAUACGAGACUGCUACACCUUCAGAAGAGAGAGGAGCACAUUUACGACCCAGUUUAUCCGGGGGAUCGUGUCGUCAAUAUGGCAAAUGGGUCGUCGUCCAGCUCCACGAUGCCGUCGUAUAAUCGGAAUUUCCCUCUUUUUCCGCACCGUGGCACGUCCGCCUUCGUCCCGCUGAUACCGGAUAUUAGUUCGAGUAAUAAUAAGCCACACCCGUCCCGAGAAUCGCUCAAUUCUCCGCUGAUUCCACAAACGGUGGCGAAUUUCGUGUCAAAAAGUAGCAGUCGAAGGUAUGAGCCGAGUAGGAAUGGGAGUAGUCAAGCGUUACAGUUUAGUAAGAUUUCGGCCGAGGACAUGGCAUCUUGGGUGGAUAAUAGAGACAGACAUGUGCAGCAGCAGGGGGAGAGGAGAAAAUCUGAAAUUGGAGGGGCAGGAGCGUCCGCAAACACUACGCUAAACUAUUCAGAAUGGUUAUCCGGUGGAGGACAAUCAUCUUCCUCCUCCGACCAACAACCAGCCCCACACCGCCGCCGAUAUUCUGAACGUCCCGCACUUUCCGUGGAUCCAUCGUCCUCAUCAAACUUGCAAUAUCUCGCUCAAGGAGGUGGUGACAGUCGAUCCCGAAAACCCAUCAUGCCCGACGACGUGUACCGCGACGACUACUUUCCCCGUGUCAUAAAACCCACACCGAUUCAUUCUUCGUAUCAAGCACCGCGACAAAGUACGACGAACUCGAACCAUUGCUACCCACUUUCUUCGCCACACGAGGAAAGUGGCGGGGAAGAAUUGUUAAACGAGGCGUUAGCGUAUCAAUCAAAAGUUAAUGGUUCUUCCGGAGCCAGAGCAGGAAUCCGGACCAAUCUGAAUCAUCACCACUCAUCUGAAAUUUCGUCCGCUGCGACGUCGCGUAUGAUUAAGAGCGAUUGGGAAACGGACACGAGGUCAAUUUCUUCAGGUUACUCGAGAUAUUCGGAUAACGAGAAUAAUAAGAGAUCACCCAGUUCACCGGAGGUGACGGGGGCAGAUUGGGGCGAGGAUACGACGGGACGACGAGAACUUCCUCAUAUGUCGCAAGCAGCAAGGAACAAGGCGAUUUCAGGAUCGUCCUCCUCCUCCUCAAGCAGUGGACGUAUCCCCGUCGAAUCAAGAGAACCCUCUGCUCCACCCGCACCACCAACCUACCAAGCCCACUCCCACCCCCGCUCUCCCGUCGUAAAUGCCCCCACCACCACCACCACGGGAAUCAAUACUUUGACCGACGACACUUUUCAAGCCGCCUAUUACCAAAAAAUUCUCGAAACUCAGCAGGCAGCUAAUCGACACCUGCUCGAUAGAGGUGAACCAUCCACCAAGGUUUCCUCCUCCACGAUGACGACGCCGCCACCACCGCCCGAUGUGGACCCCAACCUCAACUCGAUUAUUCCUCCUCCCGGCGUAAAACCCAGCCCACCCGAGAAGCAAAUUCUGAUUCCUUGGGAUUGCAGAUUUUGUACGUUUCGAAACAAGCGGGCGGACCGGAUUUGUGAAGUGUGUUCAAAAAGUAGAGAUUUUGUGGAUGAAGACGAAGAAGAAGAGAAAUCAGCACCGCCGCCGGACGUGCCAAAGUUGUACUCGCAGCAAGUCGUCACGACCCCGGUGGAAGGGGAUAUGAUUCAGUGUCCGCAAUGCACCCUGCUCAACCCGAGGAUUAAAUUUGAAUGUGAAGCGUGCUCCUACAGGCUCAGAAAUUUGAAUAAUGCCAGCCCCAAGACGUACGUCUAGAGGAAAAUAGUACUAUGCAAAUUAAGUGGUUAUCAUCAAAUCAAAGUGAGAAUCCCCACUUGUAGGAAUAUAUUUAAUUUUGAUUAAUAUGCAAAUAUUAGCGAUAAGUGUAUACGAAAGUGAGAAUUUGUUUUCUGAGAAAAAUUGUAUUUAGGGUAGAUUUUUACUCUGAAAAUGAAAUAUAUUCGUGAUGCUAAGGUGCCUUUUUUAGUAAUUUGCUCCGCAACGUGUUGUGGGUUUAAAUAUGUAUGGCGCAAGUGAGGAGUAAAGCUAAAUAGUCAUAGUCGGUCUCUCUAGUGUGUGAUGUUUGUUUUCGCCAAAUGAUUUUUUUUGCCAUCGAUGUAUUUAAUUUACUGAUUAUUUAAUACUUACUUAAAAGCUCAAUAAUUUUGAUGUGUGGAUCAACUAUCUACAUAAUUUAGUAGGUAAAUAAUUGAUCCGUUAAUUUAAUUGAGGAAGUAAAAUGAUAAGAAUGAAUCCUUUUUUGAGGGAGGAAAUAAAAUGAUUUUAUAUGCGAAA